GAGAUGCCCCAGACUGGGCAUUCAGACCAGUCUCGAUACUCCCCAGUCUGAGUUAUCUCUUCAACAAAAUUAUAUCAGGAGAUACCCCAGACUGGGGAGCAUUCAGACCAAUCUCGAUACUUCCCAGUCCUGAGUUAUCUCUUCAAAAAAAAUUAUAUCAGGAGAUAUCCCAGACUGCGGAGCAUUCAGAACAGUCUCGAUACUCCUCAGUUUGA